GCAGGCACAGGUGGCGAUAGAGAUGACGACGGCGGUGGGGCUGACGAUGACACUGGUGGAGGUGAUGUUGCCGACAGCGCCAAACCAGAACCAGAACCGGAAGCGAAUGUUGAACCAGGCGCAGAACAAAGUGGAGAAGGAACUCUGACCCCAAGACGUAGAGCAGCAGUCCCCAUUGUGCCCUUAGUGGUAACGCCUGAAGUGAUGGAGAUGCGGGAGCGCCGAAAGCAAAGUCGAUUCAAAUCCGAUGAAAUCAACGCGAAAAUCACUCUCGAACAACUGAAGGACGAAAAUGGACAGCCACGCUUUAGCUCAGGACGAUUUGGUGCUGUGUUUCUUCUGCCAGAAAGUUGUAUAAUUCAGAAAGUUCAAGCGGCUAAAGAAGAAGAGGAUGUUCAGAGUCAGAGUGACUAG